AUGUCUCAACCUAAACCACGGAAACAUUCAAUGAUGGUUUUCAGUACUUUUGACGUGUUUGAAGCAUUCGAUUCUGUCUUUGUGGACGGCAAAUCUUACGGACUCCAAUACGCGAAAGCGUCGAUCGUUUGUUUUGGUCUUGAUAAUGCUCCCCUCAUUGAGUACCCUGUCGACCUCGCUACACAUACCGGUACCACUAAUCCAGCCAAAACAGACGGUGUUUACGCCAUUCGUGCAAGAAUGGUUGCUUCAAAUUCAGACGCUCGGCCAAAACUUUACUAUGAAGCUGAUCAUCUCAACCAAGUGAAUGUGUCAAACUCUUUUCCUGGAACCUUCACCAACAAUACUGUUGUUACUGCACUGGGAAUUGUGAAGGAGAAGAAAAAUAUGAGAGAGGCGGGGUAUGACAAGGAUACUGUUGUAGUCUUGAUGGAGCACUCAGACUAUGAUCCGGCAAGCGGAAAAAAUCAAAUGUGGAUCACCGAAUAUCGUAUAAGGCCACUAAUCUACCUAGGCAACAUCCAAGCCCUAUUCACGGCUGGCAAAGAAAUUAUGGUCUCGGGCCACAUACUGGGCUUCAAUCAUGAUGAGUUGAGAUUUGUUUGCAAUGUUAACUCCAUAAACGUCACGUCCGGUCAUUCUGGAGUGGGAGUCGGACCGAGUGCCAGUGUGACUAAUGUUGAAGGUGAUACAGUUAAGACGCCCUCAGGCCGUGCUCGAGGAAAAUUUUAUAGUCCCAAAAGCCCAACCAAAGUUUCGAAACCAGUUGACUCCAAGAACGACAACACGUCCGUAGUUGAAGAUAAUGCAAAUUCGGAAGCUUCGACGUCGGCCGCGAAAAUGCCAGUUAAACGUCCUAAGCGAGCUGCUGAAUGA